UUCCAGCCAUUCUCUCUGAUGAAGAGAGAGGCUAGGGAAACUGGGAACAUGGCCGCCGAACAUACACAAAAACCCGAGAGAGGGCUGCAUGACCCGCUAAUUAACCCAGAAAAUUCUAGAGAUGGGAAGAAUGACGUUGAAUCUGAAGUUUCUAUAAGAGAACAAGGUGUUAGUAUAAAGGAUUGUGUUAACGAUGCAGAAGCAAAAGAAACUGUGGAAACUGAUGUUGAUUCAGGGCUAGUAAGUCAAGCAGAAUCCAGCACUUGUCCCGUUGAUUUGGAGUCUACAGUUUCUAAUGUAGAGAUGAAGAAGCCUUCCGUUGUUUCCACAAACCCUCAUCUCCAAAUGGAAUGGUCUGACACAGAGGAGGAUUCGGGGCAAGUCAUACUCAGCAACUGUGAAAAAACAGUCCUUGAAGCCGAUGGAGCAGUUACACCUGAGCCGAGGGAGGAGACCGUAGGACUUUCAUCUGGAGCUGAGACAACUUUGAAACUUAAAGUAGAACCACCACAGCUGCAGGAGGAUCAGACUGUAUCAAAAGAAGUAAGCAAAGAAUUGCAUGCUGGGGAAACAACAGCAUUAGAAGAGAAUGGAGGAAGUGAAGAUGUAAAAGAAAAGGGAGGAGAAGAAGAAGAAGAAGCAGCAGUGGAAGGUAGAGUAAAGGAGAAGGAGGAGGUGGUUGUGAAGCCGAGGAAAACCCGCCUGGAAUGCCGUGAGUGUGGGAAGUGUUUCACCCGUCGCGAGACGUACAACCUGCACCGUCACUUCCACAUGCACCAGGAUGAACAAGCCUCGCUCACCUGCAAAGAGUGUGGCCUCACAUUCCAACACAGAAGCAGUCUCAUCAAGCAUCGAAAUGAACACAAGGAGAAAGCUGAAUCGGCAACACUCCCAGUGCCAGUACAGGCAUCAGUUUCAUCGUUAUCAGUAACAGCAUCCUCAGACAGGAAGUCCCUCAGCAGCAAGGAAAAGGACCCACAGUGUGAGUAUUGUGGGAAGACGUUUGAGACGCUGGUCAAGCUCCGCACGCACAGUUGUAAACUGGCCCCGGAGAAGCCCUACCGAUGUCCGUUAUGCCGCAAGGAGUUUCAGUACAGAGUGUCCAUCACUGCUCACAUGCAGACACACUCCCUGGAAAGUCCUUUCCGUUGUCUGGAGUGCAACAAGGGCUUUCAGUCUGCCUUGACUCUGAGGAUUCAUCAGCGAUCCCACGCUGCUCUUAAGCCCUACGCGUGUCCCGAGUGUGGAAUGGUCUUCAGGCAUCGCUCCGUCAUGGAGGAUCACCGGCGGAGACACACGGAGGAGCGCCCCUACCACUGCAACAUCUGCGGCAAGUGUUUCAAGUACGCCAGCCUCCUGCACCAGCAUCAGUACCUGCACACGGGCAAGAAGCCCUUCCGCUGCCGCGAGUGUGGAAAAGCGUUCGCUUUUUCCCAGAACUUACGCGCUCACAAUCGCCAGCACACGAAGCACCCGCACAGCUGCACUCACUGUUUAGAUACUUUUUCAGACGAAGCUAAACUGCAGGAGCACAUUGCUAGCCAUGAGAUGUCACACGAUGCUGGUGUAACAGACAAGGAGAACACUAACUAUGCUGUGGAGCAGCCGCGGCUCUACAACUGCCCCCUGUGCUCCCAAGUCUAUUAUAGGCCUGCCGACCUGCGGGUGCACAUGUUGGUGCAUGAGGCGGAGUAUGAGGGCAUGAGUAACGGAGUAAAGGACUCCGACCUGACGUACGCCUGUCCUCGGUGCCCGCUGGCAUUUUCAGACGAGGCAAGCCUACAGGCCCAUGUCAUCACCCAUGAGGCUUCAUUCGCGAAGAAGGAUGUACGGGGCCUUGGCGUGGGACGGAUAGAGAACAUGCCGGGAAGCGGGAUCUAUGGUGACCAGCUAGACAAGAAGCCGCUGAAGUGCCGAGACUGUGGCCGAGGUUUUCGCCACCGUUCCGUUCUGGAGUUGCACAUGCGCAUUCACAGUAAGGAUAAACCGUACCAUUGCAAUGUGUGUGGCAAGUCCUUUAGGUUCAGUAGCUACUUACAACAGCACCUCAUUAUCCACACGGGAAAGAAGCCAUAUAAAUGCCCUGACUGUGGAAAAGGUUUUGCAUUCCUCCAGAACAUGAAGACUCAUCAAAGACUUCACCAACAGAAACCGUUCCGGUGCACGCAGUGCCGCAAAGGCUACAGCGACGAGGACCAGCUGCAGCGCCACAUGCUGUCCCACACCGGGGACAAGCCCCAUAAGUGCCACCUGUGCCACAAGAGCUUUGGGCUGGUGUACCUGCUGCGCGAUCACAUGAACACUCACACAGGCGAGAGGCCCCACCGUUGUCAGGAAUGCAACAAAUCAUUUCAGUGGCUGAGCAGCUUGCUAGUGCACCAGAAGAUUCACACGCGUAAGCAUCAAGGACCCGGCCAGUCUCGCUCUCACUCCGUGGCCUCUCCGAGCAGUAGGUUAAAAGAAGAGGGCAGGAGGACCAGGAGAGCGGACAGCGUUAGAUCAGACUGGCGUGGAUGGGAUGGAGCCCAUGGAACAAUGAUGCUUACACAGCCCAGCACCUACGCUGCCCCUGUGUCACAACAAGUGCCAGACUGGCAGGGCAGGAUACCACUGCAGCAGCCACCGCAAGAUCAGUGGCCGCCUGGUGCUCUAGUUAAACAGCAAUCACCAUGGAAACCAGAGCAGAAGCGGGAACCGCAAAGACAGUCGGACCCGCCAGCUCAGUUGGUCCAUGCACAGCAACAGCAGCACUGGCAGAUAGAGCGACAGACCCAGCCCACUCAGGUGCAGAAUGUGACUUGGAUCUCUGUGAUGCCCCCACAGGCUAACCAGGUUGUGCAACAGCAGGCACAGCAAAAGCCAGUGCAGCACCAACAACAGGCCCAGUCUGAGGCACCAUCACACUCGGCCCAGUCACAGGGUGCCAGCCGGACUGACUCGUCUCUGACCUCACAAGCAGGGCUUUCAGUUCUGUUCUCCAGACCCCACCCGCCACCAGAAGAUGGAGGAACUCUUGCUUGGAGCACUAAAACAUCCCCAGCUGUUCCACACAUCCAAAGCUCAUCGAAGGUAGUUGUGGCAGAGCAUGAGCAUCAGAGGACUCCUCUUUCUGUCUUCUGGGGUAGCACCGGUUCCUCUGUGCAGCCGCAGACCUCAACAGGCCCUGUUCCUCAUGAUGCCGGGUCCACUGUCCCGUCCACUAAGCCAAAUGAUCAAGAGUCACAGCUGUCACAUGGGCCUAAAGCUUCAGCCUCAGUACAAACAACCCAACCUGGGAUGUCCUCUCUACCAUCAAAAGAUGACCCUAAAUUAUGGAGUUAUAAAAUACCCAUUGGUGUACCCCUAACGGUAUCAGACCAACCUGGCAAUGGUACAGAUAAACAACAACAACGACAGCAGUCUCCAGGCUCAGCAAACCAGUCUUUGGCACCCAUUCAGACUGCCAUAAUAGACCCCUCUCGCAUAGCCCCCGGGACAGAGAAUACCCUCUGGACAUUCCAAACUACCUCAGUCAUUCCCAAGACUCUAAGUUCUCAAGACAUAUCCAGUAGUGCGGUAGAACAACAGCAGCAACAAUUGCAACCCCAACAACUAAUGCACUUGCAACAACAAAAGCUACAGUUGCAGCAGCAGCAGCAGCAUUUACAACUGCAGCAACACCAACAAUUGCAACGGCAGCAACAGCAAUUACAGUUGCAACAGCAACUACAGCUGCAACAGCAGCAGCAGCAGCAACAACAGUUACAGUUACAGCAACAACAGUUACAGUUACAACUGCAAAAGCAAAACCCGAUAACCUCGACCUGGGUGAAUCCGCCCACGUCACAAAUGAGCCCGAUAACCAUUCAGUAUGGACCACCUCGCUUCACACAUGGGGACGCGACUGCGGUGUGGGGUUUUCAGACGACUCCGGCGGGGGCCCAGACAUUGAUAACAGGACCAAUCCAGCAGGGGGCCGUGCGAGCCCAGACCCAGUUGCCGUUGAUGACGGGACCUCAGAUCAUCAUCAAUCAGGCCUCACCGUUCCUCUCUCCUUCCCUUCGCCCGCUACCUCCACUUGGCCUGCCAGCUCCGCACCCCCUUCACUCCGUUGCAGUCAACCAGAUUUCAAGGCCACCACCUCAGAACUUGUUUUUUAGCCCACAGGGAAUUAUAGGCGACAGGCCGGCCCUGCCUCAAACACGGCCCUUUGCUCAGAUAACUCCUCGGACUGAGCUGCCUAACCUGUCAGGCCGUUUGCCUUUCCCCACAGACCGCCGCCUGUGUGUGAUUUGUGGAUGCUCAUUCCCUCAAGAGCUUGAGCUACAAAUGCACUACAUGCAGCAUGCAAAAGGGGAAAUCUGAUCUGUACUGCAAAAAAGGCAAACACUCUUGAGUUUUGAAGCUGCUGUAUCUCCUGCUUGAACACUGACAUGUCCUUGUUGUUUAUGGUAAUUCAUUGAGCUUGGAAUUAAAUUAAUCAUUUAACUUGAUAUCUCAUGUUGUAAACAUUUGUUAUCACUGAUGAGAUGCUCUGAAAUGGUUUUUGUGGUCAAUUUUGCAUACAGGACAGACAUCAUAUUACUUUGACUCAUUGAUGCACAUAGACAUUAAAUAUAUCAAGAUGUUAUACCUUUUCUGUGUAUGCCAGGUGCUACAUUUUCUGAUUUAGUUGAUAUUAUUCAGGGCCUCAAAUGUAUCUGCCAAAUAAAUGUCCAAAUAGAGUA